UUUCUUCUUCCAAUCCCCCUUUGAAAGUUCCACCGUUUUCACACGCACAGACAGAAAUGGCGCACACAGAAACUUUGAUUGUGACCAAAACCGACGACGAAUCGAACCGCCCACCGAAUCCUUUCAAUGCGAUUUUCUCGAAGUUCACUCAGGUUUUAAAUUUCCGUCUUCCACCACUUCCGCCGAUGAAGAAAGAUCCGGUGAAGGUUGAAACGGAGAGGAAAGCGAUCCUUCAUGGUGAUGAAGUGGUGGAGGUGAAGAAGUCGGUUACGGUUACGUAUCCGGAUGCUCGGACGAAGACCGUUGCUCCGUUGAAGCUUGAAUCGGAAGAGGCGGAGCAAGAAACGAGUCCUGUUGUUCUCUGGCAGGUUUACGCAAUCGGAGGUUUCUUCAUCUUAAAGUGGGCUUGGGGACGAUGGAAUGAGCGCAGGGCAAGGAAGAAGCCUUCUGGUGAAGACACGCCAUCUCCAUCACCUACAGCUGGUGAGGAUUAGUGUCUAUGAAAUCUGGUCAAGAUUUAGUUCUUUUACAUAUGGCAUAUAAUUCACAUACUCUGUGUUAAACCCGAAAAUUAAGUUGAAUACACGGACUCUAUAAUUUCGGUCCUACGACA